GUGUGUGUGUGUGUGUGUUUCAGAGACAGAUAUCUCCCAGCGCUUUGACGCUGGCUCUCCCCACCUGCCAUGGGACCAUCCCUACUAUGACAUCGCCAGGCAUCAGAUCAUUGAAGUGGCAGGUGAUGAUAACUUUGGCAGGAAGGUGAUAGUGUUUAAUGCAUGCAGGAUGCCUCCUCAGCACCAGCUGGACCAUCACAAGCUGCUGAUGUAUCUUAAAGGAACACUGGAUCAGUAUGUUGAAAGUGACUACACUCUGAUCUAUUUCCAUCACGGGCUGACCAGUGAAAACAAACCCUCUCUCGGCUGGCUACGAGACGCAUACAGGGAGUUUGACAGAAAGUAUAAGAAGAACAUUAAGGCUCUGUAUAUCGUCCAUCCCACCAUGUUCAUCAAGACGCUGCUGAUCCUCUUCAAACCACUCAUCAGUUUCAAGUUUGGCAGGAAGAUCAACUAUGUGAGCUAUCUGAGUGAGCUGGAGGAUGUGCUGAAGUGUGAGCAGCUGGUCAUUCCUGCCCGUGUCAAAGAGUACGACAACAAGCUGAGAGCGUCUCUGAAACCGUCCGCCCAGCCUCCCAUGUCUCCUCCUCACAGCCCUCCCCUCCCCAACCAGGUGUUCGGGGUGCCACUUGUAUUGCUCAGACAGAGGAAUCCAGAUGAUGACCUCGUUCCUGUGGUGAUGAGAGACACCAUUAGCUUCCUUUCAGAGCAAGGUUUGGAGAUUGAAGGCAUCUUCAGACGAUCUGCCAACGUGACUCUGGUGAAGGAGGUCCAGCUCAGAUACAUUUCGGGUGAGACGGUGAAUUUCAGAGAGAUAGAAGACGUCCACUUGGCUGCUGUGAUUCUGAAGACAUUCCUGAGGGAACUACCGGAGCCUCUGCUGACCUUCCAGCUCUACAACGACAUUGUCAACUUCACCUCUGUAUCCAGUGACAGCCAGGGGGAAAUUAUGAAGGCACUGGUAGAGUCGCUGCCAGAAGAAAACUAUGCAUCACUGCGAUACCUCGUCACAUUCCUGGCACAGGUAUCAGCCAACAGUGAAGUGAAUAAGAUGACCAACAGUAACCUGGCUGUGGUGUUUGGUCCUAAUCUGCUCUGGGGGCGGGACAACGCCAUGUCACUCAGCGCCAUCGGGCCAAUCAACAACUUCACCAGAGCCCUGCUGGACCAGCAGCAUCUGGUCUUUACCUAAACCCUACCCCUUCAUCCUGCAGUCUCUCUUCCAGAUUAUGAUCCCAAACUUAAAGAGAGGAGAGAUGAAGAGAAUGGAGGUGUGAAAGUCUCAGGUUAAAUUACAAAUGGUGAACUUGGUACCAAAUGUUGUGGACAAUCUUUGAAAUGCUGUAACUAUAGUAACCAGGAGAAACCGAGCUGUGUGAUUCCACCAGCAGGUCAUUAAUUGUUAGAACCCAAACACAGCUGUGCAUGUGGAUGAAAUGAGUGCUGGACCUGGACCUGGACCUGGACCUGGACCUGGACUGAUUUCAGACUGAGGAGCUCUGUAAUAUACUGUACUAUAUCCUAAUAGUGACUGAUAUUUAUGAUUCUUUAUGGCUCUCUCAUUACUAAAGGCCUAUUUGACUUUAACAUUGUAUUAAUAAUAUAAUCUCUGUAUUUCCACACUUUUUCCCAUCA